AUGAAGUUCCUCCCUCUCGCAGUUGCCUUCCUCCCCUUCCUGGCCGCCGCUGCCCCCGUCGCGGAUCCUGAAGCUGAAGCGGACGGAGAGCUGGACCUUGAGAAGCGCGUAUCGGCGCAGACUUGCAAGAUUGUCAACGUCGAUCACUAUGUCAACUGCCGGUACGAUGCGAAGCUAGACGCGGGCGCGAUCUUUGGGUUCCCCAAGGGAGAUAAACUCACCUUUGCAUGCUGGAAGCACGGUGAUUGCUACAACGGGGUUUGCUCCUGGGACCAAGUUACUUAUCUCAAGACGACGUGCUAUGUCAAUGGGUACUUUACCGAUAGUAAUUGCUCGAGCAAAAAACUCCCCAAAUGCGACUAA